GCGGGGCGCUCGGGGCGGCGGAGCCUGGGGAGCGGCCCCGCCGCGGAGCCCCGAGCCGGGGAUGGCGGACGGGCCCCGGGGCGGGGGGAGCCCGAGCUCCGGCUCCGGCAGCAGCCGCGAGAACUCGGCGGAGCGGAGCCCGGUGCCCGCCGCGCCCCGCGCCAGCAUCAUGAAGGACGGCUCUCGCCAGAGGCCGGUUCAGAAGAAGAAGACCGUGUCCUUCAGCACCAUGCCCCACGACCGGAAGAUCAACAGCACGGCGGCCUGCAUCUCCUUCAUGCUGCAGGGCUGCGAGAUGAAGAAAGUUCGCUCCAACUCCCGCAUGUACAGCCGCUUCUUCCUGCUGGCCCCUGACAUGCGCUGCCUGCGCUGGGAGCCCUCCAAGAAGGACUCGGAGAAGGCCAAGAUCGAGAUCGAGCUGGUCAAGGAGGUGCGGGUGGGGAAGAAAACGCCCGUGCUGCGCAGCAACGGCCUCUCCGACCAGUUCCCGGACGAGUGCGCCUUCUCCAUCAUCCACGGCGACAACUACGAAUCCCUGGACCUGGUGGCCAGCUCGGCCGACGUGGUGAACGCCUGGGUGAUGGGCCUGAGGUACCUGGUGUCCUACGGGAAGCACACGCCGGAGGCGCCCGAGGCCGGCCAUCCCAGCCUCCGGACCUCCUGGAUCUCCUCGGUCUUUGAGGUGGCGGAUCUGGAGAAAGUGGGCCGGAUCUCCGUGGCCCGGGCCGUGCAGCUCAUCAAAGCGCUGAACCCGGGCAUGAAGGCUUCCACCAUCGAGCUGAAGUUCAAGGAGCUGCAGAAGGCCGGUCAGCGGCCAGGGAGCGACGUGGCCUGCGACCUGUUUGUGGAGGCCUAUGUCGACCUCUGCACCAGGCCCGAGAUCUUUUUCCUCCUGGUCCAGUUCUCCAGCGACAAGGAGUCGCUGGGGCUGAAGGACCUACUGACGUUCUUGGAGGUGGAGCAGGGCAUGGAGGGGGUGACCGAGGAGACGUGCCUGGAGAUCAUUGGCAAAUACGAGCCCUCCAGCGAGGGCCGGGAGAAGGGCUACCUGUCCAUCGACGGCUUCACCCGCUACCUGCUCUCCCCUGACUGCUCCAUCUUCGACCCGCAGCACCGCCGGGUGUGCCAGGACAUGACGCAGCCCCUGUCCCACUACUACAUCAGCUCGGCCCACAGCGCCUGCCUGCGGGAGGACAGCUCCUGGGGCAGCGCGGGCCUCGGCGGCUACGUCACGGCCCUGCGCAUGGGCUGCCGCAGCCUGGAGCUGGUGGUGUGGGACGGCCCGGACGGCGAGCCCCUGGUCUCCGGGGGCCGCUCGGCCGCCUCCCGCGUGGCCUGUCGCAGCGUGGUGGGCGUGAUCGACCGCUACGCCUUCGAGGCCUCCGAAUACCCCCUCAUCCUGUGCCUGGCCGUGCGCUGCUCGCCCGCCCAGCAGCGGCUGCUGGCGCAGUGCCUGAGGAAAACCCUGGGUGCCAAGCUGCACCUGGACCCCCCCGCCCCCGAGGAGGCCUAUCUGCCCUCCCCGGAGACACUCAAGGGCAGAGUCCUCAUCAAGGGCAGGAAGCUGCCGCCCAGCUGCCAGGAGAGCGAGGGGGAGGUGACGGACGAGGACGAGGGCCCGGAGCCGUGGCCGCGCCCGGGCGAGGCCGACGGGCAGCCGCCCACGGGGGGCGGGCGGCGCAGGCUGCGGCUGAGCAGGGAGCUGUCGGAGCUCGUCAGCCUGUGCCAGGCGGUGCCCUUCCAGGACUUCGAGGCCUCGCGGCGCGGGCAGCGCUACUGGGAGGUCUGCUCCUUCAGCGAGGUGGAGGCCGGGCGCUUCGCCAGCGAGUGCCCCGCCGAGCUGGUCAGCUACAACAAGCGGUUCCUGUCCCGCGUCUACCCCAGCCCCCUGCGCAUCGACGCCAGCAACGUGAACCCGCAGGACUUCUGGAAGUGCGGCUGCCAGAUGGUGGCCAUGAACUUCCAGACGCCGGGGCUCAUGAUGGACCUGAACGCAGGCUGGUUCCGCCAGAACGGGGCCUGCGGGUACGUGCUGCGCCCCGCCGUCAUGCGGGAGGAGGUCUCCUACUUCAGCGCCAACGCCAAGGACUCGCUGCCCGGCGUGCCGGCCCAGCUGCUGCACCUCCGGGUGAUCAGCGGGCAGAACCUGCCCAAGCCCCGGGGCUCGGGCGCCAAGGGCGACGUGGUGGAGCCCUACGUCUGCGCCGAGAUUCACGGCAUCCCGGCCGACUGCGCCGAGCGGCGCACCAAGACGGCGCUGCAGAGCGGGGACAACCCGGUCUUCGAGGAGAGCCUGGAGUUCCAGGUGAACCUGCCCGAGCUGGCCCUGCUGCGCCUGGUCGUGCUGGACGACGACUACAUCGGGGACGAGUUCAUCGCCCAGUACACCAUCCCCUUCGAGUGCCUGCAGAGCGGCUACCGCCACGUGCCCCUGCAGUCCCUGGCCGGAGACCUGCUGCCCCACACCACCCUCUUCCUGCACGUGGCCAUCGCCAACCGGCCCGGCGGGGGCAAGGGGCCGCGGCGGGGGCGCGCCGGGCGCAGGGGCCGGCGGCUGCGGGAAUACGCCUCCGCCAAGACCACCGGCAUCAAGGCCAUCGACGAGGUGUUCCGCACGGCCGGCCAGCCGCUGCGCGAGGCCACCGACCUGCGGGAGAACAUGCAGAACGCCCUGGUCUCCUUCAAGGAGCUGUGCGGCCUGGCGCCGGCGGCCACCAUGAAGCAGUGCAUCCUGACGGUGGCCGCCUGGCUGCUGCGCAGCGAGAGCGCCCCCAGCGUGACGCUCAACCUGGGCGAGCAGUACCCCCCCAUGGAGGCCCGGGGGCCCGUCCCGGAGCUGCUCCGCAAAGUGCUCACCGCCUACGAGACCAUGAUCCAGACCAGCCGGACCCUGAUCGAACUGGCCGACGCGGUGCACAGCAAACUGCUGCAAGCCCAGCAGGCAGGGAUGGAUUUCCACAAGGAGCUGCACCGCCUCGAGGCCAAGGAGGGGCUGAAGGGCAGGAAGCUGCAGAAGGCCCUGGAGAGCUUUGCCUGGAACAUCACGGUGCUGAAGGGCCAGGCAGAUCUCCUGAAGCAGGCCAAGGCGGAAGCUCUGGACAACCUGUGGCAGAUCCACAACGCGGGGCAGUCGUGUGGCAUCGGCAGGAAUGGCUCUGCCUCCCCCGACCUCGGCCGGGUCCGGACCCCGCUGGAGCCCAUCUCUGAGACAGAAGGAGGCAGCGACACCGGGUCCUGCUGACCACGGGGCAGGGCGUGGGGGCCAGGACUGAGCCCGCGGCUCCUCCAUCGCCCGGGGCCCCCAACGCCCCUGCCACGCACCCAGGAUUGUGCGGACCCCGGCCCCGCCCCAGGCUCCAGAACUCCCGGGCCUUUGGCUGUGCGUGUGGAAGACAGGAGCCCGGCCGGGGGGGGCUGCACGGGCCAGGCCGGGGCGAUCCAGACGGGUGAUUCGGGUGGGGGUGGGGUUAGCACUCUGCCUGGCCCUGGGCUGGGGCCGUCGUUUCAGGCAGGGAUUGGGCUCGGGAAUUUGUGUAGCGGGACCUGCAGGAACCUGCUCUGGGAGGAGGCGCUGGGAGCGAGAGAGGGGCCGGGCCGGCUCCAGCCUGUCUCUCACCGUCACACU